GGGCUUGUGUUUCUGAGGCCUGACUUUAGACUGUGCCCUGUUGGGGAGGGGCCAGUUGGGGAGUGUCUGAGGCUGGGCCUGACCCUGCUCCUUGCCCCGUGGAUGCAGCAGAGCCACGAAGAAGAAGGUAGUGGUGCUGGGCCUGCUGGCCGUGGUCCUGGUGCUGGUCAUCGUCGGCCUCUGUCUCUGGCUGCCCUCGGCCUCCAAGGAACCUGACAACCAUGUGUACACCAGGCCUGUUCAGCUGCGGAUGCCAAGCCCUGCUCGGAGAUUGGGAGGGUUCAACUUCUCAGCAGAGUCUGUGGCCAGGCCUGAAGGGAGGGUGAACGUGUACCACCACCUUGUGGAGAUGCUCAAGUUUGCCAGGGGGCAGAGGUGGAGGCUGAGGGACCCUCGAAGCCACCCAAAGCUCCAGAAUGCCUCCCGGGACCUGCUGGGGGAGACCCUGGCCCAGCUCAUCCACCAACAGAUCGAUGGCCAGGGGGACCACCAGCUCAGCCACUACAGCUUGGCCGAGGCCUGGGGCCACGGGACAGGCACAUCCCAUGUGUCUGUGCUGGGGGAGGAUGGCAGCGCCGUGGCUGCCACCAGCACCAUCAACACACCCUUUGGAGCGAUGGUGUAUUCACCACGGACAGGCAUCAUCCUCAACAAUGAGCUCCUGGAUUUAUGCGAGCGAUGCCCCCGGGGUUCCGGCACCACCCCCUCACCUGUGAGUGGAGACAGGGUGGGUGGAGCUCCCAGAAGGUGCUGGCCCCCAGUUCCAGGCGAGCCUUCCCCGUCCUCCGUGGUGCCCUCCAUCUUGAUCAACAAAGCCCAGGGGUUGAAGCUAGUGAUUGGCAGGGCUGGUGGGGAGCUCAUCAUCUCUGCCGUGGCCCAGGCCAUCAUGAACAAGCUGUGGCUUGGCUUUGACCUGAGAGCGGCCAUCGCAGCCCCCAUCCUGCACGUCGACAGCAAGGGCUGUGUGGAGUACGAGCCCAGCUUCAGCCAGGUGAGGCUGAGGUCCGAGCUGGAUGCCUAG